AUGGUCAGCAUGUUGUGCAACCAGAACAUUUAAAUAAGCCUGCAGCAGCUCCACAGCUGAGUUCUUGAUGACAACAUCCGGUCUGGACAUCUACUUCCUGUCAGUGUUUCAUAAACUCAGGUCGCAGAGAAGGAAGGAUGCUGUCCCUCUCUCGAGCAGUGGUGUGUGCGGCGGCCCGUGCUCCAGCUGCUGUCAGUCAGGGUGGAGUGACUGCUAUCACCCGAUUCAACAGCACAGCACAGAGCGCUCCUAAGAAAACAACAUUUGGGCCUUUGGCAGAUGAGGACAGAAUUUUCACAAACCUUUAUGGCCGCCAUGACUGGAGGCUGAAGGGGGCAAUGAGGCGUGGCGACUGGUACAAAACUAAGGAGAUCCUUUUGAAGGGAGUCGACUGGAUUCUCAAUGAAGUUAAAGGUUCUGGCCUGCGUGGGAGAGGUGGAGCUGGUUUCCCUACUGGCAUGAAGUGGAGUUUCAUGAAUAAGCCCAGCGAUGGCAGGCCAAAGUAUCUGGUGGUGAACGCAGACGAGGGAGAACCUGGCACCUGUAAAGACAGGGAGAUUAUGCGGAAUGACCCCCACAAGCUGGUGGAGGGCUGCCUGGUGGCUGGGAGGGCCAUGGGGGCGCGUGCUGCUUAUAUCUACAUCAGAGGAGAGUUCUACAACGAGUCGUCCAACCUGCAGGUGGCUAUCAAUGAGGCCUAUGCUGCUGGGCUCAUUGGUAGAGACUCCUGUGGCACCGGUUAUGACUUUGAUGUGUUUGUGAUGCGUGGUGCCGGAGCGUACAUCUGUGGAGAGGAGACCGCUCUUAUCGAGUCCCUGGAGGGAAAGCAGGGGAAGCCCCGUCUGAAGCCCCCAUUUCCUGCUGAUGUGGGUGUGUUUGGUUGCCCAACAACCGUUGCCAAUGUGGAGACCGUAGCUGUGGCGCCCACCAUCUGUCGUCGUGGCGGCUCGUGGUUUCUGGGCUUUGGCAGAGAGAGAAACUCUGGCACAAAGCUCUUCAACAUCUCUGGCCACGUUAACCACCCCUGCACCGUAGAGGAGGAGAUGUCCGUCCCUCUGAAAGACCUCAUUGAGAGGCACGCAGGUGGAGUGCGUGGCGGUUGGGAUAACCUGCUGUGUGUAAUCCCCGGUGGCUCCUCAACACCCCUUAUUCCCAAGAAUGUAUGCGAAGAGGUGCUGAUGGACUUCGACGGCCUCCUCCAGGCUCAGACUGGCCUGGGCACAGCUGCAAUCAUCGUCAUGGACAAAUCUACUGACAUUAUCAGAGCCAUCGCCCGUCUGAUCGAGUUCUACAAGCAUGAGAGCUGCGGCCAGUGCACACCCUGCAGAGAAGGAGUGGACUGGAUGAAUAACAUGAUGUGGCGUUUUGUGAAAGGCGAUGCAAAGCCAUCAGAGAUCGACAUGAUUUGGGAGCUCAGUAAGCAGAUUGAGGGACACACUAUCUGUGCCCUGGGAGAUGGUGCAGCAUGGCCAGUGCAGGGAUUGAUCAGGCACUUCAGGCCUGUGAUGGAAAGCCGAAUUGCUGAACACCAGCAGCAGCAGCAGCAGGCCAGGGUUUAAAUGGCUCCUCUCACUCCUUGAACUUGUUCUUCUGCCUCAUUUGCCCCUAUCCCGUGCUUGUGUCAUUGACAAAAUUAUUUAAAGCGAUAAUGUGCCGUUUUAUCACCUCAUCAUCAAGUUUUACAUUUGAUGUUCUGCCUUGUCUGGUGAAAAUACCAAUAAAAUUCUAUGAACCUGAAA